CCAACUUCCGCCCCCGAUAAACAACAUCUUCGGUCCAUGAUCGGGACAUUGGGCAAAAAAUUCCUCCUCAAAAUGCGAUGAAAGUUGCACGCGGGGUCUUCUAGCGACCCUGACGAACGAUGCACCGCCCACCCGAACCCCACCUUAGCUUCACCAUCCCUUCCAUCCACGACGAUACCACACUUGAUUGCCGCAUAUAUCAUCCAGAAGAUGUAUCGAACCCGCAGAUUAAAGGGUCCGAGGACUCAAGACCAUGGAGGACAAAAGGAAUUGUAAUGGCACAUCCUUACGCGCCGAUGGGGGGAAGCUACGAUGAUCGUGUUGUGGGCAUCGUCGUUGAAGAAUCCCUCUCGCUAGGAUAUUUUGUAGGGACUUUCAACUUCAGAGGGGCCCAUGGCUCCAAAGGUCGCACAUCCUGGACUGGGAAGCCUGAGCUGAACGACUACAUUUCCUUUGCGGCAUUUUUUAUACACUACCUCUCCUACCUAAAUCUAUUCCCCUCAUCAGACGCGAAUUUCAUGCCAGAUCAAUCUCCAAUAUCUCCACCAUCACAGAAUCAGGGUGGCCUGUCGAGAACAUCAACGAAGGAAAAGCCCUUAGUGAUAUUAGGCGGCUACUCCUACGGAUCCCUAAUCCUCAGGCAUCUCCCACCCAUUCUCCCUCUCCUACAGUCUUUCUCCAUGCCUCUCGACGGCACCGCCACAUCCGAAAUACUCCUUCGUGCACGUAAAUUGGCGGACCAGAGUAACCAAGAGUGGAUAAACCUCGCCCGGGACCGCUUGCGACAGAACAGCCCCCAAAAGGGCAAAGGCCACGAAAACAAGCUCUCCGUGACAAUCGGUGGUGAGGAAACAAGUCCGGAUGUCAGGAGAAGCAGUCGAGAAAUCCGACGGAGCAUGGAAGGAAGUCGAAGUCUGGAUUUAGGGCGGAGGAUGCGGAGUUUGAGUCAUCGGCGACUGAUACGACCUCAAACCCCGCCUGAUGAUCCUAAGGUAAAGCAGGGCCGACUGGAGAUUGAAGUGCCCGAUGCACGAUAUCUGCUAAUCUCUCCCCUUGUGCCGCCAUUGUCGACUCUAGCAGCCACGGGGCUAGGUCAUAAGUUCUGGAAUGGGACCCUGGGGAGCCAUCACGAAACGCUAGUCCAUAAUCCCACUUUGGCUAUCUAUGGAGAUCAAGAUGGAUUCGCGUCAGCGAAGAAAGUCCAGCAAUGGACUAAGAAACUGUGCGUAGUUCUAGGCACGAAAUUCUCAUUCGUGGAGGUUGCUGGUGCGGGGCAUUUUUGGCAUGAGCCUGGCGUUGAAAGGCAACUUCGAGAUACACUGAAAGCAUGGGAGCGAGGUAAGGUGAAGGGAUGGGAGGGUGCGCUAGGUCAUACAGACCUGAAUUAAGAUACACAAUUUAGUGGAUGAAAUCUAUCAGACAUAGUUGAAGUGUUG